AUGGCGUCUCUGCUGAAUGAAAUAUUGUUUGAAACUGCUGGACAAGGUCCACCUCCAUCCAAAGACUUCUACCAGCUGGUUAUCACACGAAAGGAGGUUAUAUGGAGAUGCUGGAAGAUUUCAAUCCGGACUGAAUCCAGAGGAGCUCCACCUGGAGAAACCAAACAGGUCCACGAUGACUUUUUGAACGAUUCAAGGAUGCAGGAGCUGCUAGCUGUGGUGUUUGGCAACAGGAUUCUGGAGUACACUCUGACUCUGUGUCGAGGGCAUUUUGACUACCUGGAACGUUUACCUGACAAGCUGCUCCUUAAAAUUCUUUCCUACCUAUCCUUACAGGACAUUGGGCACCUCAGCCAAACCUCAAACAGGUUUAGAAAGCUGUGUAACUCGGAGGAGAUCUGGAAGAAGACUGUGCUUGGUCACUGUGAUGGGAUAACUGAACACAUGGAGAUGCUGGCGAAGGUUAUGGGUUGGAAGAAAAUCUUCUUCGGGUUUUACUAUGAGAAAAACCCUGACAGCACAGCUUCUCUUGCGAAGGAAGAAGAUAACACCAAUACGGCAUCUCAAUGAGUUAUUAAAAUCAGCAACUAUUAAAAAAGACAGGAUCAAAACAUGUCUUUCUUUGGUCUAAUUCAGUCCAUUCUGUUGUACUGCGGCAGUGUUAACUAUUAAAGUAUUACUUUUCCAGUUUCUUAUGUCAUUUCAUGUUUAAAGUGUGAUUCGUGAAGUUCCAUUACGUUCACUUUUGUUGUUGUUGAGAAUGUGAUCGAUUCACACUGCACGCCUGCCCUCUAGUGUUGACUGUUUGACUCUUCUAAUGACCUGCAAAGUGUAAAGUGACCAAAAGAUGGCGCACGUUAAUAAAGUGAGCGAAUGUGCAAAAACAAAAA